GAGUUCCUGCGCCGAUGCGCGGCGCUAGCGCCGCGCUCAGCGGGCUUUGCGAGGACGUCCCGCUGCUGCCGGCUUCAGUUGGUCCGCCGUGCCGAGGCAGCGCACUUCGGAAAGAGACGAUGCCGUGCGCGAGACCUUCGCUGAACGUUUCAAUCAACAGGCGCACGUGAUGGUGUCUACCGUCGGAAGUCGGCUCGGCUUGAGCUGAAGAUCUUUUUUUUCUCGUGUGUGUGUUCGACGUCGAAGAUUAGAGGAGUGAUACUGACAAGGAUCUGUGGAGAUCGCCUGGUCUGGUGUCGCCUGGCUUGUGGAUUUGAGCGUGUGUGCGCGGAGUGAGAGAGCGUCACUGCGUCCACGACCAUCCUACGUGAUUACACGUUGGCAUGGAGAUCAAGGCGGAGGUGCAUCGGUGGACGCCCGAGGUGCACCGUAGUCCCGGGCUCGGGUCCGGACUCCCCGGCGGGCCCAGGGUGGUGGGGUCGACGGCGGUGCCCAUGCUGGGCGAUGCCCUUCCGGGCCCCGAGUGCGCCGGCUGCCAGAAGCCUAUCCGCGAGCGGUUCCUGCUCAAGGCCCUGGACCAGCUGUGGCACGAGGACUGCCUCAAGUGCGCCUGCUGCGACUGCAGGCUCGGCGAGGUGGGCUCUACGCUCUUCACAAAGGCCAACCUCAUCCUCUGCAAGAGGGACUACCUCAGGUUGUUCGGCACGACGGGCCUCUGCUCGGCGUGCAGCAAGGCCAUCCCCGCUUUCGAGAUGGUCAUGAGGGCCAGGGGCAACGUCUACCACCUCGAGUGUUUCGCGUGUCAGCAGUGCAACCACAGGUUCUGCGUGGGCGAUCGCUUCUACUUGCAUGACAACCGGAUCUUGUGCGAGUACGACUACGAGGAACGGGCGUUGAUGGCCGGUGUGCCGCCCCCGUUCUACGCGGGCGCCAACCCGCAGGCGGCGACACACCCGGCACCCGUCAAGCGUCAACAGCAACAGCAUCAGCAGCAACAGCAGCUUCACCAGCCUCACUUGCAACAGCCGCAGCCGCAACCUCCGCACCAGCCACAGCAGCGGUCCGUGGAAGAGCCUGCCCGCGACGAUAGGUCGAGCGGCUACGGCAGCGGGGACUCGCCCUACGACGGCCGGUAGCUAUGGCGUCCCCCGGCGCCCACGGCGGCCGCUGUCGCCCCACGACCGCUUCUCAGUGGCGCCAGCAAGAGGAGGAAGACCAGGAGGUAGACUGGGCGUUCAUCUCGUGCGGCUGCCGGGGAACUGAACUCUGUCUCUCUGCCCGCUCUGCGCGGCCGUAACUCCGGGUGCUGUCUCUCUGUAUCACGCUAUCUCGCAAGUCGUCGGGCCGAAGGAGCGCCGUCAAUUCCGGUGGAUAACACGCUGUAGAGGUGUAACCGUACCUUCCUCUCCCGGUGGCCACGCCCUACCCCUUCACCCGAGUGCAGAAAAGUGUCAGAGCUUCAUGGACGCUACUGUCGAGACCGGUUAUAAUGAAGUCAACGAGAAUCGGAAAUCACUUCGCUAUAUCCGCUAUUUCGUUAUAACCGACUUCGUUAUACCCGGUCUGGACAGUACAGUCACAGAAUGUUUUAGCAUGGCGUCUGGGAGCAAACGCGAGCCACGCGGCGCUUGCCCGUUGUCGCCAUGCGCCAAUCCAAGACCGCGGUCUGAGCUCCGCGCAGGCGCAGUGUGGAGCACGAAACGCUAACGUAAACGGACAGUGCUCACAUUCGAUCGUGUACGCAAUACUAAAGAUCACUACCAACAGUUUUAAGAAACGCAGGGCGUCGCGACUGCCUAACAUCUAAUAUUCCCUCCGCAGUCAAUGAGCGUGUGGCAUUAGCCAAUAAAAACGCAACAGAAAGGAACGCAAACCAAGACGCGGGAACAGAGCACGAAGGGACUUGCCACGUUCUGCGUCUCUUAAAGUGUCAGUGGCUAUACUUGACUUUGGUUCACAUACCCCAAGGUCUGGGAUGUUUUAGGCUGCUUUUGCGUAUUGUUCUCACGGAUGCAGCACUUUCGGGCAUUCACAAGAACAGACGGUUUGCAGUUGUUUUAAUAAUCACGAUCCCUGUGAUCAGAUCAUCAGCCAGGUGACACGCUAGAGGGAAGCUCUAAUGCAACAUCUGACUGAUGUCUGUUGACCGACUCAAGCCACAAGGAAAAGAAGAUGUGCAUGUUCAACAAGAUUGAUUCACUAAUCCGUUUUUUUUUGUUUAUUAGUUUGUUUAUACGAGGCACUCAGCGUGUUAUUCACCCGAUUUGACGAUGGUAAUUCCUUUAUCGCGCGCCUGGCGACCGCGGACGUUCGAAUCGACUUGACGUGUUUGUAGCGACACGCCCCGCGAGCUCGUCCCUGCGUGGAACUGUGAACGAGUCAAGCGCUGUUGUGUUUCAUAGGGCAUUCUGUGUUUUUGUUUUGUUCUCGUCACGAUACAGAACUGGGGACUUCGCUCACUGUGUCGGUGAGCACGUGUGUGUGUGUGUGUGUUUGUGAGCUGUGUUCGUGAAGUCGGAUCCCGUCAGCCAUCGCAAUCAAUCGCAGCAUUGGAUGUUCACGGCCCCGCACAGCGACAAGGAAGCCAGUGUACGUGUUGUGAGCUGUCACAAGGACGAUUUUAUUCGCGCACACUGUUUGUGAGCGAGACUGCCCGCUGAGAAGGAAACUGACUUUGCGGGUGUUUUUUGCGUUUGUUUUGGCUUUUCACUCUUACACUUCGAGCACCAAAGAAGUUCCCUCGGCAUGUGUAUGGUGUACGCGCCAGACCAAAAAAUAUACUUUAGAAAGUUGAGAACCUGAGACCCCACCGGUCGACUAUUCAACCUUCACUGCUGACAAGAAAAAACAAAAUCACGAGAAUGGCAGUUUCGCCAUCUUCAAACAGGCGCCUGUGUUUCUCUAUCGAGUGGUGGCGCUGCGUCACUACCCAGGCUGGUUGCCAACAACGUGUUGACAGCAUGUUUGUCACACAGAAGGUUGGCAACACGGUGUUUUUUCUUUUUUUUUUGUGCCUGAGGACAGAGUUGAUUGUAUGUAUACGGCUGUGUGACUCGGAUAUUGACGACACUGCUUCAUGCCAAAGAACUUGUAGCGUGAACGACAGAACCUGAAAUAAGGAAAGCAAGGAGUUACACUAAUAACACUCACACAGUAUUUUGCAAUUUAAAAACCCCGCGUAACGAGCGAAUAACCUAACUUGACCGGGAAACUGUGACAACGUAAUUGUGGCCUUAUUCAAACCAUCAAUGAUAUUGGCGAGCUGAUUAGACUCCCGUCUCUCGACUGUUGUAAUUUUCAUCCCACUGAGAAUUUGCAGCAAAAUAUACGCCGUGCAAACCAAAAUCGUGCAACGGGAACGUACAGUACACGCACGUCUAGCGCUUUUAGAGAAAUAUGUCAAUGACUCUGGCAGAAAAGUACACCGCCUACCUCUGUCUAACAAAAACAAUAAUGACCAAAUGAGAUGUGCAACCCACGGGUGCGGCAGUAUGACCAGGACCAGCGGAGUUGAAGCCGGGACGUCACAAAAGCCAUGUUGGGAGCCCCGGGUGUGUUGAACUAUUGGAAAACAAAUUUAAAAUGGACUGCCACGUUUCCUAUUGUCGCAAUGUGAUAGUCAGUUUCGUAGGUUAGCAUGCCAAGGGCACCCCGUUCUAAGUUUGACCUCUUUCGGCUAGCACUCGGUUGGGCCAGCUCAUACCGCCGCCGGCUGUACAUUGAUAUUUUCAUUGUACGGUUAGAGCUGUACUGCAAAAUCCCGAUAGAUCGCCCACCUCAUAUUUUUCCCAUUUAACUCCUUAUCGUGGGCGGUUUUUACUAGGGAUUUUACUGUAGUCUUGCUCACCCCUUCAACAACUAAAGAUGGCUUCCUCAAGCUACUGGGACGCCUCAAAAGUUAGUGUCUUUGUUGAUCUUUGGGGAAGUCACCCUGCGUCACAUGAAUCACGUGCAAUAAAAGCGAGAAGCCCGCUGGCUAGUCAUGAAGGUUCACUACAGUCCCCGUGGACCAACCACCUAUGAGCACCCCCGGACCUGGUGUAAUAAAACCCUCGCGAAGCAGAAGAGAAUGCUUCGAAAGCAUACCAUUCACUGUAAAUUGCUUCCUUCUUCACUUCACACUCUUUCGACUUCCUUGUUUUUCCGGUGGACCUUUGUUCCAGACACACACCGUGAGUGGUGCACUUGUGCCACGAAGAUGUUGAUGCUAUUGUCUUCUUUUUGGACAUAAUAUAUGAUUACACCCAAAA